GACCUAUUACGGGUAAACAUAGACUAUAUAACCACAAUGUACUCUACCAUUUUUAACACAAUUUUUAAGAGAAACUCAACUUACGUUGCUUCCAUUUUUGCAGGUGCUUUCUUGUUCCAAGUUGGCCUUGAUGAAGCUGUCACCAGAUGGUACGAAGCAAGAAACAAGGGUAAGCUUUGGGCUGACUUAAAGCCAAAGGUCCUAGCUGGUUUUGAGUCUGCAGAAGAUGAAGAUGAUGAAUAA